GCGCCCCCACUGAAACUGCAGCAGAGGAAGAGCAGCGUCCCCACUGAAACUGCAGGGGAGGAAGAGCUACGUCCCCUUGAAACUGCAGGAGAGGAAGAUGGGUGUGUUUUGCUCUGGUGUUUUUCUGCUGUAGGGUAUGAUUUAAGCUUGGAUGAAAUGAGAGCUUUGACAGUUCAGACAAUGAGGUUUGCCAUGGGUCUACCUCUGUUAAAACGUGCAGUUCAGGAUCUGUGUGGAAUAAUUUAUUGGCUAUUUGGUGGUGCUAUCAGGAAUCUCGGGAGCCCUGAACAUGUUACUAAAUGGUUUCAGCCACUCCAGAUGGGGAAAUGGAGGCUCAUGGAGGUUAAGCAGCUGACUGGCUAUGCAGUUAAUGGAGUUUGUAAUUGACACACCAUGUGAAAAUGCUGAGAAGAUGUAUAUUGGAAAAGCCGUGUACGGGAAUUACGCAGCCGUCUUUGCCCAGCUCAUCAUAGAUGGAAGAUCUCAAGGGCCCCACUGUUUCAUCGUUCCUGUCCGGGAUGAAAAUGGAAGCUUGUACCCAGGAGUGACAGCUAUUGAUAAGAUGUACAAGGAGGGUCUUCAUGGUGUGGACAAUGGGAUUUUAAUAUUUGACAAGGUUCGGAUACCCAGGGAGAACCUGCUGGAUAAGUUUCGUUCCAUGGCUCCAGAUGGACAGUACCAUUCCCCUGUUAGGAACAAGAGCGCAAGAUUCAAUGCCAUGCUGGCAGCACUGACCCCUUCGAGAUUAGCUGUGGCUUUCCAAGCUAUGGGUGCCAUGAAGCUUGGGUUGACGAUAGCCAUUCGCUAUAGCCACAGUCGGAGGCAGUUUGGGCCCAAAACCAAGGAAGAGGUGAAGAUCAUUGAGCACCAAACGCAGACCCUGUGGCUGAUGCCCCACCUGGCCACAGCCUUGGCCCUGACCUUCGUCAGCAGGUAUGCCGGGGCCCUCCUGGAUGAAGAUGUCUUCCAGGGAAAGGAGCUGGUCAACAGUCACUCACUGCAGGCUCUGGUGGUGGGGCUGAGGGCCUACAGCACCUGGGAGAACAUCCGCUGCCUGCAGGACUGCCGCGAGUGAACUGGAGGCAUGGGUUACAUGAUGGAAAAUCAAAUCUCAGGCUUAAGGUGUGACACAGAUGUGUUUGCCACUUUUGAAGGUGACACUGUUGUUAUGCUUCAGGUUGUGGGGCGGGAACUGCUGGCCCAAUACACCAAACAGUAUGAAGAAAAACCACUCUUUGGCCUGCUCCAAAACUGGGCUGAAUCUGUUGGGGACAAGCUGAGAACAAGCUUCUUAUGCUUUUUUUUUCCUGGCAUUUAUGAUCUUGCCUUUCUGUUGAAAGCAGUGAAAUUUCGUGAAAGGGUUCUUCAGUGGGGUUUGGUGACCAGAAUUUAUUAUAAGGUAAAGACCAAGAAGGAGGAUUUUUUCCAUGCCUGCAACUCGUGUCUGCACCACAUGGCUUCUCUGUCCCUGGCACACACUCACCGAGUUACCUUAGAGCAGUUCUCCCUGGCCGUGAAGAGCUGUCCUGACCAAGAGGACCAGACUUUGUUAAUGAAGUUUUGUCUGUUGUAUGGAACCAAGUUGGUGUUUCAGGAGCGGGCCUGGUAUUUAGAACAUAAAUACUUGACUCCCGUGGCCAGCACGAGGAUCAGGAAUCAGGAAUGUCUUAUCCCUGCCUUCCAGUGGCUGCCAGAACAACCAAGGGCAUCCGCAGUGUUCCUUGGCAUUGGCGUUAACAGCAGAUGGAUUUUCCGCAGCAGCCAGGUGGAAGAUGGCUAG